AUGGCGGCCAACAAUGGUGCCAUGCUUCGAAGAGGUCAAGAAGGAUAUGAACUGAGAAAAGGCCAUUUGAGGGAAAGUCAAGAUUGUCUGCAUAAUGUAGCUCAGGAACGUGUGGGAGAGCUGCUGCAGGUUCUUAAAGCCUUUGUAAACAAACACCGAACCUUCAAUUCAGAUGACAUUCUUACUGCCGCAGGAGUAGUUGUGGCCAAAGUGAAUGCUGUGAAUGCCAAAGACAUUAAUGAAGAAGAUAAGAGACAUCUUUGCACUGAAAUAUUUUCAUCUAUUGAAACACUGGCAUUCACCUUUGGUAAUGUUGUUUCAGAUUUCCUGAUGGGAGAUGUAGACAGUGGUUCACCAUUGGGACUUUCUUUGCCCCCAGAAAGUCAGUCAAUGGAAAACAUUUCUGAGAAAUCUUUGGGAUUGCUGCAUGAAAGAGAUGAUCUUCAAGGACCUCUGUGGCCCAAAGAUUUGGAUAGCAUGCUUCUGAGGAAUGAGGAUGGGGUUGAAUUGGCAUUGUCAUAUGCUAAAACAUGGUCAAAAUAUAUCAAGGAUGUAGUUACAUGGGUUGAGAAGAAAAUCAACUUGGACCUGGAAUAUGCUAGAAACAUUGCAAAGAUGGCAGAGACAACUAAAGUUAUUAUCAGAGUACAGGAGUUUAUGCCAUUCCAGACUUUAUUCAUGAAUGCUUUUGAUAACGAUAUUGAGAGCAGUCAGCUUUCACAAAAAACAGCAGCAGCUCUUCAAGCCAACAAAUUUGUUCAGCCUCUCGUUGGGAGAAAAAGUGAAUUGGAUAAACAGAGGAAAGAAAUGAAAGACAUAUGGCUACGAGAACAGAAGAAAAUGCAAGAGACAGAGGCAUCUCUCAAAAAGGCAAAACUCUUGUGUAUACAACAGCAAAAUGAAUAUGAAAAAGCCAAGUCUUCCACCAUGUGUGCUGAAGAGGAAUGUCUGAGCUCGAGUGCAGGUCUUGGGAGAGAGACCAGCAAACAGCUAGAGAAAAAGCGAAAGCUGGAAGAAGAGGCUCUGCAGAAAGUAGAAGAAGCAAAUGAACACUACAAAGUUAUGAUGACAGAUAUGGAAGAAAAGCGAAACGAUUUAGAAAAUACUAAAAGUGAAAUUUUAACACAACUUCGUGAACUUCUUUUCCAGUGUGACUUAACUCUUAAAGCUGCAGUAGUUAACCUCUUCCAGAUGCAACACGCACAGGUUGGGCCUCUGCCGGUUAACCACCAGUCUCUCUGUGAGAAGGCCAAGUUAUACGAUCCUGGACGAAAGUUUGCAGAAUUUGUGAAGGCAAAAACUUCACCCAAGGAUGACAUCCCAAUAAAAUCUUGUUCUUUUGAAAAUUCUAAAAUUGAUGGUAAGGGAUCAACAAAUAAUCAGCACGCUUUCCAAGGAAACUUACGUCAGAAUUCUGGAGACUGUCCAUUUCGUUUAUUAGAUGAUAUUGGAAGCCCUAUUUCCCGUCCUGAAAAAAUUGGAGAAAAAAGGUGCUAUAGCAGCAUGGAUAUCCCAGGUGUCAGAGGCCCACUUCCCUUCAGAUCAUGGUCAGUUGGUAAUCAAUGUGGUGGAAUGUGGAGCGAUUCAGAGAGUGCUGGAGGAAGCAGUGAAUCAAGGUCUAUGGAUUCUCCUCCUGCCAGUCCAGGAGAUUUUAAACACAAGCUUCCUCGGACACCAUCGACAGGGACUAUGUCUUCGGCUGAUGACCUAGAUGAAAGAGAACCACCUCCUUCUGAGACUGUGUGCGAGUUCAGUGGAGGAAGGUCCCACCCCAGUGACAUCCUGGCCAUCAUUUGGUGA